UGUUAAAAAAAAAAGAGCCAACCAUCAAGAACCAAUCAAAAGCUGGAGAUUCCGGAGCUGUUAGUAAAGCGCUCUCUGGUUGGCUAAAAAGAAUUCCGGAUGUGUUUUUGAAAAUCCAGCGGUGGACAGCUGCCUGAAAUGGCUGGUUUCAGGCGACUAAGCAAACACUUUCAGAAGAGCAGGAAAAAAAAUGGUAGCAGUCGAAGUUUGGCCAUGAAGGCCAAGAAGUCAUUAACCUCGGCAUCUGACGGUCAAGUAAACUCUAAUAAGGAGUUGGUUGUAGAAACCUGCAAUAAGAACACUGAGAGACUAUACUCCUCUCCAAGAAGUGCAACUGCAUUGUUGAAUGCAGUUGGAAAAUUUAUGCAACAAUGUCAGCACAGAAUCAGUCAGAUGCUGCCUGGAUUUUGCAGUGUUUUAUUUUUCUGGAGAGUUUAUGCCCAGAGAGUAGAAAUUCUUCAUCAGAAGGUGGAGGAGCUUCAGAAGGAAUUACAGCUACUGCGUAAUAAUGCUCUGUUACCUCCUGAACCAAGAUGUUCUGGCUGCCAUGGUACAACUUUCAUGCACCACCACCAACACAGCUCUGUUGCUCUUCAUCCCUCCCAGCAACCUCCUCUUUGUCCGCCUCCUCCUCCUCCACCUCCACCACUUCCGCCACCCAUUCCAGUGCCACAAAGACUGCCAUUUGUACCUAAACGUAGGACUAGUCACUCAUCAUUGCAGGAUAAAGUUGAUCGACAUGUUACAGUGACUCUUAAGGACCUACAGGCAGUGAAGCUCAGAAAAGUAACUGCUAAUAAUAAAGUUUGGAUUUCUCCGGAUGGAAAACGAGCCCCUCUUGUCACUCUAUCAGACCUGCAGAAAGUCCGUUUAAGACGUGUUCAAUGCAGCACCCUAUCAGCAAAGAGGCGUAGCUCCGGCAGAUCACCAAGCAAAAGCCCCAUGAAACUACACUUGCAACUUAGAAAAGUCCACAUUGACCGCACUCCAAGUGAUACGCCUCUGAGUGAGAACAAAGAAAAUGUUGAGAAACAUUCACACAUUAGUGCAGUAAUGGGCAAUGUUUUGGAAAACAACAGCCAGGGUGUUUUCCCUGUGGAAUCAUAACCACUGAAUGCCAAAAGCUGAAACCAGGACUUCAGGAAAUCAGACAUUUUAAUGAUUUUCUUUUUAAUGUGAUCUCACUGAGUAUUGCACAAUCCAUCCAAAAGUAUAGUUAAGCCACUUUUUUAUUUUUACUAUACGCUGAAGACAAUUGGUUUAGGGAGAUGAUAGAUCAGAAAUUAAACUUUUAUUUCUUGAUACUUACAUCUACAUGUGUUAAACAAAAUGCACCAACAUGGUGACUUCACAAUUUUAGGUGAGCAAAAGUAUAGAAACAGGUAGUUAACCACUUAACUUGUUUGCAAUAAUUGCAAAAAAAAAUUAGUUUGCUUCAAGCUGGCAGCCCACUGACACCUCCUGAUAAACUAUUGCAUCAUUCUUUCCCAGGCUUGUCCUGCGGCUUCUAUCAGUUGAUGUUAUUUCAUGGUCUCCCUUAAGUCUUCUCUUCAGGAAGUGAAAUGCUGCUCAAUUGGGUUAAGGUCUGGUGAUUGACCUGGCCAGACUAAAAUGUUCCACAUAAUAAGGUCCUUUUUGUGUUGGCAUUGAGUUUUGCAUCACUGUCUUGCGGCAUGAUGAAGUUCCUCCCAAUGGGAUGCAUUUCUCUGUAAAUUUGCAGACAGGAUGUCUAUGUAAACUUCUGAAUUCAUUCUGCUGCUACCUGCUGCUAUCUUCUGCUGCUUUGAUGAGUUAUAUCAUCAAUAAAGAAAAAUAAACUAGUUUCAGAUGCAGCCAAGCAAGUCAUGACAACAUCUCCUGAUGACUGUAUGUUUUAGAUCAUGGGCAGGUCCUUUUUUCAUUUCACACUUUGACCUUUCCAUCACUUUGGUAGAGGUCAAUCUUGGUAUGUUAAUGUCUGUGUCACAAUCCUGUACAGUAUCUUGUACUACUUUUCAUGUGGAUUGUGAUACCUUCACCCCUGCACUAUGGAGGUUAUUGGUGAUGUCACAGACUUCACAGCUCUCACAAGUGGUUACACAAGUGUUUUUUUUUUCUUUUUCAGAACUUUAGAAUUGUUGCAUUGGUUAUGCCAAAUGCUUGUGUAAUGGUUGAUUUGUGUUGCUCUGCUUGAUUCCUUUGUUUUCUGAGCUUCAAACUGGCUUGCUUUUCUUCCAUAGACUCUCAUGAGCAAAUGUACUCUUCACAGGCAAAACCCUGAUUUCAAACCAUUCAGAGGUAUUAAUUGUUUUAAACUUUUAUUCUAACAGGGCACACCUAAGCAACAAGACACAGCUGUCGCUAACAUGUUCUAAUAUUUUUGAUCACUUGAAAAAUAGAUCAGUUCAGGUGUAAUGUUCUUUAAUACAUUAAUAUUGCUAAUAUAUUAGAAAAUGAAAGCUGAAAUUCUGCUCUGCUCUUUGAAACAUAAAUGUCUUCAGGUUGUAGCAAAAACAAAAGAAUUGGCCUUGUCAUUUCAAUACAUUCAGAGGGGACUGGAUGGAAUAAAUGAGCUAUUGAGUCUUUUACUGUACUGCUAUAUUAUCCAAUACUGCCACUAGUAAUUAGGGUUUUUUGGUUUAUUGCUACAAUAAUUGCAAGUUCAGGUGAUACAACUGAUAUAUUGGAACUGCACAGAGAAAACAGUUCAUACUAAAAUAUGGUUUAAUGUCAGGAAGCAAACUGUUGGCACAAUAACCAUUUUAGGUGUCGAUGCUGGCCCUCCCAAUACAAUGCUUCUCCAACAUUCUGCAAAGGAACACUUUUAACAAAAACCCUUACAAAGUUGGACCAAUAUUGACAAGAGUUUUUUGGUCUUGGUGGCCCAAUGGACAAAAGCAGGCAAAUGCUGCCCAAUGCUACUCCAGUCAAGCUGGUAGAUAAAAUCUAAGUUACUGCAACUAACAAUGUUAUAGACAAGCUAUUUUACUAAAAAAAAAAUUUAAAAAAAAGAAAAAAAACGACUGUAAUAAUGGGGAAAAUCUCAAAUAUUUAUUCAUCAAUUUAGACAGAAAAGGCAGCUGGAAAACUUACCAGCAGACCGAAAUGGCGUACCAGUUUGACCUGCUAUCCCUGUGUUUUGGUAGCUGAUACCUGUUCAGAUAUAGCUGGAUUUUUUUUUUUUUUUUUUUUUUUUUAGCAUGGUGGCUGCCAACAUCUUUUUGCUUCCAAGACUGGUUUGCAUACUGUAGUUUAUGUAAGUGAAACUGUCUGACAGAGCUGCUGAUGCUGGGGCUAACAGAAGCAGCACUGAGCAAGAUACUCUGCUACUGGGCAAAUCCUAAAGAAAGAGCAUGAUUUGCACAGCCAAGCAAUGAUAUUCGGGCUAUAAAUAUGUCAUUUAAGAAAUUGGUUUAAAUGUUUUUAGUAUUUUCUUGAUGCCUCAUUUUGUACCUAAAUAUGAUGUUAGAAUGUGUAUACAUACAAUAUGCAAUUCCUGAAUUAAAAGAUUAUUAAAUAA